CGCUCUGUGCAGGCCCGUCAGCCGUCGCUGGGCCAUGGGCGCCGCAGGCUCGUCGGCGCUGGCCCGCCUCGGCCUCCCCGCGCGGCCCCGGCCCGGGUGGCUCGGGGUGGCCGCGCUGGGACUGGCCGCGGUGGCGCUGGGGGCGGUCGCGUGGCGCCGCGCGCGGCCCGGGCGGCGCCGGCGGCUGCAGCAGGUGGGCACCGUGGCGCGGCUCUGGAUCUACCCGGUCAAGUCCUGCAAGGGGGUGCCGGUGAGCGCGGCGGAGUGCACGCCCCUGGGGCUGCUCAGCGGCCACCUGCGGGACAGGUUUUGGAUGGUUAUCAAGGAGGAUGGACACAUGGUCACUGCCCGGCAGGAGCCGCACCUGGUGCUGGUCUCUGUCUCCCAUGGGAACAACUGCCUGGUCCUCAGGGCUCCAAGCAUGGAUGAGCUGGUUUUGCCUAACAAGUUGCCUUCCUCAAACAAACUCCACAACUGCAGGGUAUUUGGUCUUGACAUUAAUGGCAGGGACUGUGGUGAUGAGGCAGCUCAGUGGUUCAACAAAUUCUUGAAAACAGAAACAUUGAGGUUGGUUCAAUUUGAAAUGGACAUGAAAGGAAGAGAAUCAAGGAAAAUUUUCCCUGCUUUUGUGCAAAAUUACCAGAAAAGCGCCUGGAGCCUGGUGGCCUAUCCGGACAGCAGCCCAGUCAUGAUCCUCUCGGAAGCCUCCCUGGCAGAUUUGAAUACCAGGCUGGAGAAGAAAGUGAAAAUGGAGAAUUUCAGACCAAAUAUCGUGGUGACAGGCUGCGAUGCUUUUGAGGAGGACACCUGGGAUGAACUCCUAAUUGGUGGUGUAGAAAUGAAAAAGGUAUUGGCUUGCUCCAGGUGCAUUUUGACCACGGUGGACCCAGAUACUGGAGUCAUAGACAGGAAGGAGCCACUGGAAACCCUGAAGAGCUACCGCCUGUGCGAUCCUUCUGAGAAGCAGAUAUACAAGUCGUCCCCACUUUUUGGGAUCUAUUGUUCGGUGGAAAAAAUUGGAAGCCUGAGAGUUGGUGACCCUGUGUAUCAGAUGGUGUAGUGACAGACCCACCAGAGUGAUAUGGUUUCAGCAUCCAGGAGGCACUGAUCGGGGUUUUAACAACAGCAGCAACGAUACCUCGGUGAAUCCUUAUUACCAAGCCUUUGACCAUCUUUACUCUAGAAACGACCUCCAUUUCUUACUUUUCGGAGUUGUGUGUGCUCCAUGUUAACGCAGGGAAAGUAUUAGAGGUGACUUGGGAAUACAACAUUAUAUAAACUUAUAAUUUCAUAAAUGUAAUUUGUAAUUAUAUAAAUUUUAGGUAAUGAAGACUUUUAAAAUGAAUAAAAUUGCCUUUAAAAUUAUUUUGAAUGUUACUGUAGCUAUGUCUCUUUUCCAGUCCCUGACUUUAAUAGAGAUGAGUAAAGAAAGUUUAAAGUUCAGCUUAAAAGCUCCAAGACAAUUUUUAAAUGCAUACAUUUUAUUACCUAUUAUUCUGUGUUUUAGGAGAAAUGGAAAACAAGCCAUAGUUUCCUGAUGUGCCUGUGCGUGUCAGCACAUUCACACAUGCUGUUCAUUGGUAUUCACAUGGCUGUUGGCUCCUGCUGGCUCAUGUGUUUUUACCCUACCAUUACAUCAGGGCUGUACUUGACUAUGGAAGUUAUUUUAUCGGCCUUGUUUUUAUAUUCUAUUAUGCCUCUAUUAGCCUCUAUUAAAGUAAUUUGUUGUGUGUAACUGCUGGAUACACCACCUGGAAUUCCAAGUGAGACAAAAUAGAGAAUGGAGUUUAAAACAGAGAAAGGAAUUUGAAAGAGAAAGGAAUUUAAAAGAGAAUGGAGUUUAAAAGAGAACAGGAGUGGGAAGAAAAAAGCAGGGACAUAUGUUUUAGGUGGACAUAAUUGUUGGUAUGACUAAGCAAAAAUACUGAAGUAAUAUGUGAAUGAACUAACCCACUUACGAUUUUGUGGUUUCUUUAUCAUUAAUAAAUGUGAAUCUCAAGCC